CGCGGAGGGAUCCCAGGUUGUCAGAACCAUGGUCAGAACGCAGAGGUAUUGAACAGCAGAGGUCUAACGUUCAGCUUUCAGGAGACAUUGAACAGUGAAGACGUUUUGCUGGAAACAUUUGUGAACGCAAAUGUUAACUUUCGGAUAGUACCGUUUGCUAGACUGUCUAGCGUUUCGGGGGCUAGCUUUCAGUUUACUUACUGGUGUUCUGCGUUGGAAAUAGGAAAAUGUCGUCUCCAAGUCCGGGUAAAAGGCGAAUGGAUACCGAUGUGGUGAAACUCAUCGAGAGCAAGCAUGAAGUCACCAUCCUCAGUGGACUCAAUGAAUUUGUAGUGAAGUUUUUCGGACCACAAGGAACACCGUACGAGGGAGGCGUGUGGAAGGUGCGAGUAGAUCUUCCUGACAAAUAUCCUUUCAAAUCACCAUCAAUAGGAUUCAUGAACAAGAUUUUUCAUCCCAACAUUGACGAAGCGUCAGGGACCGUGUGCUUAGAUGUCAUCAACCAGACAUGGACGGCCCUUUAUGAUUUGACCAACAUCUUUGAGUCGUUCCUGCCUCAGCUGCUGGCUUACCCAAACCCCAUCGACCCGCUUAAUGGAGACGCAGCUGCUAUGUACCUCCACCGGCCAGAGGAGUACAAGCAGAAAAUCAAAGAGUACAUUCAGAAAUAUGCAACAGAAGAGGCUCUGAAGGAGCAGGAAGAGGGGGCAGGCGACUCUUCAUCUGAAAGCUCCAUGUCUGAUUUCUCAGAAGACGAGGCGCAGGACAUGGAGUUGUAGUGAUAGGAGGGCUCCCCCAUCCCGCCUCCACCUUUAACCCCCACAGAGACUAUAUUUGAUUUCCUAACCAUGAGAAAGCAGACUUAUAAUAUUCAUAUUUAAACAAGUUGAUUUUUUUAUUAUUAUUAUUAUUACUACUAAACAAGGAUUUUUAUGGAUAUUUAGCCUUUGGUGGGUCUGACAGACACCCCUCCCGUUCUGUAGCUGUUUCUCCUUUCACAGACGUCGCCAUCGCUUUCACCGCUCCCCGCAAUCUCUGCAUUUUUAAGGUGUAAGCGUAGGCAGGAAAUCUCCCCCCGAACAUCUAAUUUCUUUACUCAAAUUUCACUUUUUUAAAUAUAAAAUUCUACUUGUUGAUGACCUGAAUCCUAAUUUUCUUUCCUAAAUGAUUCUGACAAACAUUUCGUUAGUUGCUCCAUUACAGAGCUGCUAAGGUCUUGCUUGCCUUGGUGCACAGCUCUGCAAUAUUAUCCUAAAGUCAAGACACUUUUAGAGGCACACACACACAAGGUGUCAUAGCACAGCUUUAUAUAAAAAGACUAAAUAUUUAGGGCCAAUAGAUGCUCAUAAAUCCACCCUGGCUGCUUUCAGAGCAUAUCUUUUUAUACAAAUUGAUUGAGAAAUAUCUGUAAAAAAAAAGGCCUUUGUUUCUUGUUUAUUUCAAAUAAUACAUAGGCAUGUUACUUUUUGUGACUCUCUGACGUCCUGCAGCUGCGCACUGCAGAAUUAAUGCUAAACAAGGUCAGAUCAACGUAUUAAUGAAGCACAUGACUCAUUACAAGGGGAUUGACAACUCACCGUUACUCUAUCACCACGGUAAAGAUGAAAUAACUGGUAGUAAAACAGAGCCGCCCUUUAACCCUAUGAGUUUAAUUGUUACACCACCAGACGUGUCACCGUGAAGGAUGCCACCUGCUUUCAAUCACCUUUUUGAAAUACAUUUCUAUUAAUAUCAUGGCUCAGAAACAACUCUUCAGGUAGAGAAAGAAUGUAAUCAUCACCUCUUCUGGUGAGUAGAAAACCAGCACCUAAGUCAGUUUUAUUUUAGAUGAAAAGCAACAAAAAAGGGUCAUUGUGAAGUAUGGGUCCUCCUCACAUUCCACUGUUACCUGACGUGUCCUCAACGCAUGCCCUUCAUACAGGUCCUUUAUGUUUGCCUACCAGGGUCUAAAUUUGGAUUAUUAGUUUGAAGGUUAUAAAAUAAGAGCCCAAUGUGUGACAUUUAGGCUUGUAGCAGUUUUCGUUGAGGGGAUCUAGUUUCAUCUGUACAGACGUGACUGGCUUUAUUCUGUUUUGAUUCAAUGUGGUUCGACUAGAUGUAAAUCCAUCGAGGUCAUCCAGUGUUGAAAGAAAUUGCAAUUGCUUUGACUUUUGGCUGCUUAUUAUUUCCUGUAUUUUAUUUCCCCUGAUUGGGGGGGGGUCAACAUGUUCAAAUUGUUCUUUUGUGUGUGUACAGCGUCUAUCUAGUACAGCGAUAAGCCACCUCUCUGUAGCCUCAUGAUAACUCAGUGUUAAACACACUGAGCGGCAGUCGAACUACCUAGAAAACCUUGAAAUGUAUUCACUUCAUAGAUGGCAGUAAGAAUCACUGGUCCUACGUGGGAGAUUGGAGGCUGAAUCAAACUUAAAGGUCACCGUGUCGCUUUUAAACUCAACUCCUAUUUCUGUGCCUCAUCACAAAGGACAGGUGGUCCCCUUAGCCAUGUUUCUAAAAAGUAACUGAAAAAGCACACUCACCCUAUUUUCAUUCUCCUCUUUCAGCAACGUGAUCCUGUGACGUUGUGAUAAGUUGGAAAUACCCAAGGCAGAGGGAGCUAAUGUAGGGUCCUUGGCGUUCCGCUUUGAAAUAGAGUUUGGUUGUAUCUUGCAUAUUGAUGAUCAUUUUCACCAGGGACAUACAAGAGAUGGAAGUCAUACUGAUAUUUGUUGAAGUGUGCUUUUGACCGGAUAGUGAGUUUCACUACUUAUCUAAACAACAUUAUGCUGUAUAGCUGUUUUACAGGUAGUUAGCUAGUCUGGCAUCAUCUGGUUUAGUUAGUAUCAGUUGUGUGGGUAAAUGUAAAAAUCUCCAUGCCUCCUUGUCCUCAUUUGGAUUCAGAGUUGUACAGAGUGAUUUUAAACCAGGAGGAUGUUGGCCCCGUAGUGAGCCUGAUAGAUCUGAAUGUACAGAAAUCAAAACUGUGGAUCAGAACUUUACAAAACAUAAUUUAAAACCAGUUGCGUAACUGUAAUUAUCACUGCAUAUGGAUAGCAGUCUUAACAGUGACUCUUCCUAAAGGUGUUUUUAAUUUCCGAUAUUUUCAGAACAGUUUCUCUCACCAGCCCGGGGGGGUUGAAUGUUAGCUCGGGAUGCUACCUUGUGUGAUACUCAUCCAGGCAGUGAGGAAAUAUGUGAAUGUUUUCAAAAUGUUUGUGAUCCACUGAGACCGAACAAAUCUGCACCCUAUGCAGAUCCCCUCCCUCACUAUUGGUCUGUGUGUCUCCCUUUGCUGCCUACACAUGUUUAUUUAUUCAUUAGAGACACCUCCUUUUUGUUUUUAAUCUCAUCCAUCAGAGCCUCUGUUCUAAGCUAUGCUUCACCCCAAUGAGAUCUUGAUCUUGAUCUUGAGUUUUUUCUUUCCAGCCAUUCAUAUUGGACUUCUUGUUUUACUUUACAUUUGUGCAGUAUUGUACUUGAGUGCUGAGAAUACAGUAUAUCUGAGUUGAGAAUUGUAAUAAAAUAGCACAUUAUGAUGCAAUGGUGCAACAGGGGACUAAUGAUAUUAGUGUCUUUUUCAAAAGCAACAGUUUUGUGUUAUGGUAAAAAUCAAAUGUUUGGUUUUCAGCAUUAUUUGCAUGCUGGGCAAUAAAGGAUAUAUACUCGA